CAAUAAUCACUGUUAUUAUAGCAUUUUAGUUCUUUGGCAAGCGCCAAUAAGGGGUGACAGCUGGAGCCGCUUUGCUAAGUGCUUGCUGGAUGGUUGAACAUCAUCUAAAACCCUCUGCCCCAUAACAUCUUCCAUUAUUCUAACUUUCUCAAAUUGAUAAACCAACAAUCAUACCAAUUUAUUGCAGAUGACUGGCCAGGUGUGCAGAGGCUAGAUAAAAAAAAAUAAAAAAAAAUAAAAAAGCAGCAGUUGAACUUCCUUCUUGUUCAGUCUUCACACAACUGCAUGGCCUGUUUGUGCACCAAAACAACAGGAGGCGAGACUGUCUGAUAGUGUGUCACGUCUGGCAUCUGGUGUAUGACAGCUGGGCUUUUUGCCAUUCAGAGCAGGUGUACAGAUGUGGACGGGUCGAUAACACAGAACAUGGUUACAAUACAAUAACAAGGACAAAAAUCACACAGCUACCAAUAUUAAUACUGAGUUUAAUGCUCAUUAGGCGUCUGAAUACGUUUCAAUUACCAUUAAGUCAUUAGGCACUUUAAUGUACUAUUCUUUGUUCAUAAUGUAAUCACAUCUAUGUUACGUCAUAGACUCUAAAUAAAAUUCUGUACAUCGAAGGAGCCGACUCCAUCCAGUUCAUCAUCCUGCUCUUAUUUAAUCAGUGAGGAAAAGAAGAUUAGCUCACAUGGUUUCCUUUAUUUCCAGCAGUGGGAUCAUACUUCAGUGAUCUUCCUUCUCUUUAUGUAUUUUCUGCCCAAAGGAUUUAGGCCGAGUUAAACAUCUGCGUUGUGUUUUUUUUUUUUUUUUUUUUUAAGCAUGUGUGCUAUUCUUCAAGCUCUCCUCUUUCCUCCCGAGGCUUUGUGACAAUGUGUGAAAAGCUAAUUGCUGCUGACUUUAUUCUAAUGAUAUUCAUGCCACAGGAGCCGCCGGGGCACAAACACCUUUACUCUGAGAUUCAAAAGUAACAGUCACAGGAAAACUUGUCAGCUGUUCUCCGCAUGUGAUGUCUGAAUAUAACCUCACUGAGUGAAAACUAAAGGAUUAAAAGCUGCUCUGCUCUCAACUGAAGUCAAGAGCUAAGAUACAUUUUUCACAAGUAUGAAGUUAUUUCCGCCAUAUUCGCAUUUGCAUAUUCGCCAAAGGACACAAAAAUUUCAGAUGAAUACAAAAGUAUGUCCAAAAAAAAUUUUCAAGCUGGAAGACUUUCCAUUGGGAUGAUGCCACGCAAUAAUAAAGUUGGUUUUCUGGGCUCUGGGAAAGUUUUCAUCAUCAUGAUCAUCAUUAUGCUAUAAAAAAUUCAUAGAAGAAGAAAUAAUAACUCUCCAUGUUUGCAGUUCGUAGUGUCCUGUCAACAGUUUGUUUUAUAAAUGUCUCUCUGGGGAAAAGACCUUUUGGGCUUCUUUUUUUUUUUUGUUAUAGUCCAUAAGUGGCCCAUGAGAGAAUGACUGACCGCAUCAACUUUCUUUAUGAAUCCAUAUUCUCUGUGAAGCAGUGUGCCUGGGGGACUAUGGGUUUCCAAAGAGUUUGGAGGGUCGUGGGGUUUUUAUUUAGCCUUUAAUGAAAGGAAUGGACUGAACAGUGCGUUUGUCUGCUCUAAUGUAAGCUUCAUGCCCGCCUCACUGGCCUAAUCCCUACAGCAGUAAACUGAUUUUACUUCAAAGCCAAUAAGUCAUCAGAUAAUUAGACUUUUGUAUGGUUGUAAGUUAUGUUUGAAACAGCUCAGUUCAGGAACAACACAUCCAAUGUGUUUACACUCCAGCACUAACUGAGAUACUGGAAUGUUUUUUCAAACUUCAGUCCUCAUCCUGAAAGACUUGUAAAAAAUGUUUUUAUAUGAACAAUAAUGCAAAAAAAAAAAAAGUCUAACCUCUGUGUUGCUCUGUUUUUCUACGGUAAAAAUCCCAAAAGGUACAAUACUGCAGCUACUAUAAUACUGGGACUAAUACACUGUAAUACAAGUUCAUUGCUGCUGCUUUAUUUAUACUGUGUGUCUCCAACAUUAAUCAUCUGCUGGCGGGGACACUGACUUUUUAACUGGGUCCUGUUAGCGUUAGCCUCAGUCUUUUAGCAUGAUGUAAUGUGUGUAGCCCCGUGUUGUAGUCGAGUCACAAAACUCGAGUCCCUAGUGUUUAAGUCUGAGUCCGAGUCAAUUCCCUAUGACCUGAGUCUGAGUCGAGUUGGGCAAAGAGCUGACAUACAAAUAAAAUCGUCGACAACUCUGAGUCAUGAGUCCUGAAAAUCUGGACUUGAAUCUGAGUCUAUUUUGAUUGGCUUGUGUAGGAUCUGAAAACAGUGAUUUGAACAUUUUGAGCAGUGAUGGUGAUUGAGUCAGACUGAGUCAAACAGAAAGCUUUACAGUUUAUCUUACAAUGGUCUUAAUGGUUUGGUGGGGUUCAAGCGGCACAAUGAUUUUUAUCAUUAUAUGAAUGACCCGGCCACUAUGGCGUCAACACAUCAGUCCCAUUGGCUGAUGUGACGCACACUUUGAGACACACAGAGCAGGACUUGUCAGCGAUCAAUGGGAACACACUCAUCAUCACUGGUGAAGAUGAUUCAACACUUUGACCUAAAUUUCCUCUCGGUUCAGCGUCCUCACACUCACAUCAAGGCCGGUCGCUUUGAAAGCGUCAGACUUGAUCACAAGGAAACUUUUAAUUAUGGCACAAUCAAUUAUACAUGUGGUAUGAAAUGAAGCAGUGUUGUGUGUGUGUGAACAUCCAUCAAAGUGAAGCAGGGUCUCAUGUUUCCCUGCUGAGAAACACAUUUUCUCGUUCCACCAGAACGAGAAAAGAACGUCUGCAGAUUUUCACAAAGGUUUUAAAAAACUAGAUCCAGGUGCAGCAGCAGGAUUAGCAGUACAAGUGAUAGUAUCAGUAGUCCAAGUACUAGCAGUGGUAGUACAAGAGGAAUACUAGCAUGUAGUAGAAGUACUAUAAUUGUAGUAGUUGUAGUAGUCUAGUAGUUGCAGUAUCAUCGCCAUAAUCAGUAGUAAGUCGUAGAAGAAUGGUAGUAGUGAUACUAUCGGUAGUCACAGUGGUGAUAGUAAUAGUAGUAAUCCCAGCUGUAGUAUCUUAUCAGUACAAUUAGCAGUGGUAGAAAUUGUUCUAGUAGUAGUUUUACUAGUAGUAGUACUACUACCAGAAGUAGCUGAAGUAUUAGGAUUAACAGUCAUAAUACAGUGGAAGUAUCAGUAUAGGUAACAGUGUUAGUGCAGGUGCAAAUAAUAGUAGAAGCAUAAAUAGUAGUAAUAAUAGAAGUUAGUAGAAUAGUAAUAGUAGCAACAUUAUUAGUCAUAGAAUAAGUACUAGUAGUUAGUAUCCUACCAAUGGGAAUAACAAUAUAAAAAGAACUUGUAGCAAAGAGUAGUACUACUAUUAUUCAUGUAGUAGUCAUAGUAAUGAGUAAUAGUAGUAGUAGGAGAAAGACAUUACUUGUCAUAGUCAAUAGUUGUAGUACAGUAGCUGCUGUAGUAGUAGAAUAGUAAAAGUAUCAGUGGUCACAGAAGUAGUUAUAGUACCAGCAAGUUGGCAGUAGAAUAGUAGUAACAUGAGUACUUGUAUAUGUGCAGAUAUGCUGUGUUAAAAGACUGACGAGAUCAUUUUAUAAAAAGAAGAAGAAAUUAAUAUUAAAGGAUAAAAAGAUUCAUUUUUUCUGUGCAACUCUGAUCUGUCGCCUUUCUUCCAAUGUGCUGAACCUGCAGAUCAUCAGAUCCACGCUCCGGCAGGGUGAUGGCGACAGAAUAAAAAAAAAGUAUUUGAAGAAUAAUUGAUUACCACGCUGUUUCUUUCCCUGACAGCUGAUUUGCCACCCCGCUGCUGCAGGGACUGUUCACACAGCAGAGCCUCAGUAAGCAGAUUUGUGCGGAUGGGUUUAAGCCGUUGCCUUCUGAUUCGCCCACUCUGCAAACUUAUUCCUUCGGGAGCAGGCUGAGGGAGACGGCAGAGAAACUGAUCCACAUAAUGCUACAACAGCCUGGCACCAUCAGUCCAGUGUGUGUGAAAGGAAAGUGUAUCGAGGGCUGGAUAAGACGGAUCAGACGGGACCUGGUCACUGCGCGCUUGGAGAGCGGAGCGCACGGGGCUCAGCGCGGAUACUGAUGAGCGUCCUCACGGGGAUACUCCCACUUCCUUCACCUGUGGCGCUCCUGCUCAUCUCAGGGCUGCUGGAUACGGACCAUUGAUGAAAAGUGCCCCGGAGAGAGCCGUUCUCCGUCGGACAAGGAGCCCGUCAGUCUGCGGCGCAACAGAGGCGACCAUGUCGGACAACUCCACGGACUUGAACAACGACACGCUGCCGGCGGCUGCGGUCACACAGUAUAAUUUCCCUGCGCUCGUGUUCGGGAUUUUGCUGAUUGUGAUCAUCACCGGGGGGAACGUGCUCGUGUGCCUCAGCGUGUACUUGGAGAAGGCUUUGAAGACGACAACAAACUACUUCAUAGUCAGUUUGGCGUUUGCGGACCUGCUGCUGGCGGUGCUGGUUCUGCCGCUCUUCGUUUACGCAGAGUUUCAGGGUGGAGUUUGGUCUUUGAACAUGCUGAUGUGUGACGGCCUGAUGACCAUGGAUGUGAUGUUGUGCACCGCAUCCAUAUUCAACCUCUGUGCCAUCAGUGUGGACAGGUUUAUCGCAGUGUCCAUACCUCUGAAUUAUAACCGUAAGCAUGUGGACCAUCGUCAGCUCAUCCUGCUGUCGGCCACCUGGCUGCUGGCCCUGGCCGUGGCCUCACCUGUCAUCUUUGGCAUCAACAACGUGCCUAACCGUGACCCCACCGAGUGCAAACUGGAGGACAACAACUAUGUGGUUUAUUCGUCCGUCUGCUCCUUCUUCAUCCCCUGCCCCAUCAUGGUCCUGCUCUACUUCGGUGUUUUCCGCGGGCUGCAGCGCUGGGAGGAGACUCGGAAAGCCAAACUACGCAGCAGCAUCGAGGCCUGCAGGAAGCUGCAGCACGCCGCCGUCGCCACCGCCCUCCCCCCGCUGGCGGGCACCAUCCCGGGCCCUCUGCCCAUGCCUCUGCCCAGGAUCAUCGAGAGGGACUUGGCCCAGUCUCGGCUGGACGACACGGACGACUACAUGCAGCAGGAGAUUCCUUAUCCCCGGCAGUACAGAGAGAACUCUGUGCCCACAGUGACGUUCAACCAUCAACUGCAGAAGAAGAAGAGAGCCAAGAUCAACAGCAGGGAGCGGAAAGCUAUGCGGGUGCUACCUGUCGUAGUAGGCUGCUUCCUGUUCUGCUGGACGCCGUUCUUCGUCGUCCACACGACGCGAGCCGUGUGUUUAACGUGCGACAUCCCUCCCGGUCUGAUGAGCACCGUCACCUGGCUGGGCUACGUCAACAGCGCUCUCAACCCCAUCAUCUACACCAUCUUCAACACCGAGUUCAAGAAGUUCUUCAAGAAGUGUUUCCGCAGCUGCUGCUGACGGCUGGUUUUCCCUCCACGGACACUGAGCCAGUGAACAAGAGGAAGGAACUGGAACAUGACGAAGCUCACACCUGAAUGUGUCAUGGUCGGAUUAACAGGUCUGAGGCUUCCAGUUUACCCAGUUAACUUUUGUUUGUGAGCUGCCAGGUGCAGACGGACAGGCCGAUAAGGAUGAGGAGGACGGCCGAUAGUAUCUGGAUG